CGGAGAGCUGGUCUCUGGGCCACGGGUUCUGGGCGGGUGGUGUGGCUGGAGGACUGGCUGUCGGGGACCUGGGGAGGUCAGUGUGCUUCCCAGGUGCCUGCCGUUUCCCAAGCUGGGAAGUCAGGAGACCAGGCAGCAGCAACUGUGCUUCGGAUGGUCAGGCCCCAGGGUUCUGCAGCGUACGAGUUCCUGUCUGUGGACUAUACCGAGAGGAAGUGGAAAGGUCCGGCACUCAGUCAGAGAGCCGUGUACCGGAGCCUCAUGCCGGAAAAUUAUCGCAGAGUGGCCUCAUUGGCAAAUGAGACUAGGAUGGAGUGUCCAGAUUUGCCUGCAAAGCAGGAAGUUUCUAAAGGACUGGGGUCAUCUGAUGGGACAUCAGGAGGCCUCUGUGGGGUGGUUUCUGGGGAACCAGAGGCACGAACUGCCUGUGAAGGUGCUUUAGAGAAGCUGGAAGGGCAACCCUCAGAUGAGGAAGGGAGCAGACUGGAAAGUGAUUUCUUCAAACUAACACACAAGGAUAAAGGUAAAUCCACAAAAGAUGGAUGUGAUGAAUAUAAGGGUCCAAAUCUGUCCUCUAGUGCUACAGAACAUCAGAGAGUUCUCAAGGGACAGAAAUUUUACCAGUGUGAUGAAUGUGGUAAAGCUUUUAAUUGGAGUUCACAUCUCAUUGGGCACCAGAGAAUCCAUACUGGAGAGAAACCCUAUGAGUGUAAUGAGUGUGGGAAGACUUUCAGGCAGACCUCUCAGCUCAUAGUUCAUCUCAGAACCCAUACAGGGGAAAAACCCUAUGAGUGCAGUGAGUGUGGAAAGACUUACCGACACAGCUCCCAUCUUAUUCAACACCAGAGACUCCAUAAUGGCGAGAAACCAUAUAAAUGCAGUGAUUGUGGAAAAGCUUUCAACGAGAGUUCCAAGCUCUUUGACCAUCAAAGAACCCAUACUGGAGAGAAACCUUAUGAAUGCACUGAGUGUGGGGCUGCCUUUAGUCGGAGUAAAAAUCUUGUUCGACAUCAGGUACUUCACACUGGUAAGAAACCUCACAAGUGUAGUGAAUGUGGGAAAGCUUUCUGUUCUAAUAGAAAUCUUACUGAUCAUCAGAGAAUCCAUACUGGCGAAAAGCCUUAUGAGUGUAAUGAAUGUGGCAAGGCCUUCAGUCGGAGUAAAUGUCUUAUUCGACAUCAGAGUCUCCACAGUGGGGAAAAACCGUACAAAUGCAGUGAGUGUGGGAAAGCCUUUAGUCAGAUCUCUCAACUUGUUGAUCAUGAGCGAAUUCAUACUGGAGAAAAACCUUUUGAAUGUAAUGAAUGUGGUAAGGCAUUCAGUCUCAGUAAAUGUCUUAUUCGACAUCAGAGACUUCACACAGGUGAAAAGCCCUAUAAAUGCAACGAGUGUGGAAAAUCCUUCAAUCAGAACUCAUACCUCAUUAUACACCAGAGAAUUCACACUGGUGAGAAGCCUUAUGAAUGUAAUGAGUGUGGGAAGGUCUUUAGUCAUAAUUCUAGCCUUAUGGUUCAUCAAAGAACCCAUACUGGGGAGAAACCCUAUAAAUGCAAUGAUUGUGGGAAAGCUUUUAGUGACAGCUCACAGCUCACUGUGCAUCAGAGAGUUCACACUGGAGAGAAGCCCUACGAGUGUAUUGAGUGUGGGAAAGCCUUUAGUCAGCGUUCCACUUUCAAUCACCACCAGCGAACUCACACUGGAGAGAAGCACUCAGUUCAGGCUCGCUCAGUUAGUUAAGACAUUCUCCAAAACAAAGCCAGAAACUUGAGUUAAAUUCAUUGUUUUUGUAAGAUGCUCACCCUGAUCUCUUGGUAUCACUGAUGAACAGCCAUUCCCUACAUUCUGCUGGGUCAUAAAGUUGGGAGAGUCACAGUGACAUCAUUCCCCACUAUCAGGGAAGUAAGAACGACAGAUUUCAGAUAGUUGUAGGUUUCCUUCCUUCUCUCUCUCUUCAAAAAUAUAGCUCUGGUUUUUGAAUCCCAUAGUCAGAUUGUGUGCUUGUCAAAGACAGUGAUUACAUGCUUCUUUUCUAUUGCAGCUAAUUCAUUUCACAUUUACAUAAAGUUACUCUCUAGUGCUCUGAUACUUACCUAUCUUGGGCAUGGCCUUUUCAAAAGUUCUGUUGUGAUCUAGAUCCUCAUCACUUGCAUUCCCUACCUAGAAAAGCUCUUCUUAUUUGUUAAUGUUGGCCUCUCAGACCCUUUAAGAUCCAGCUCAUCUCAGAAAGACUUUCUUCUUGAAAUGCUUUUCCUUCCUCCUAAACUUCUGUUGAUUUGACCUCAUGCUUCAACUUACUUUGUGCUGUAAUUUGCAAUUGUUAUUAAAUUGUCUUGACAACUAUUCUCAAUGCAUAUGUGUAUAGUUUCAUACCAAUUUAAUGUAGGCUGUUUGAGGUUGGGUAUGAGAUCUUUGUCUUUUAGCACAUAGACAAUUCUCAUAUAGUAGUUGUUUAAUAAAUAAGUUUUAAAAAUUCA